UUUUCAUCGGUUUUUUUUUCAGCCGCCCAUGUGCUUAGCGGCGUGAUUGCGGCGUGAUUGAACGAUUGGAUACCGAUAUAACCCUAGGGUGAUCUAUUAAUGUUCUCAUAAGCUUGCGCAUCUGGCCAUUUCUCAACUGUCUCUUCACUCGUUAAAAAGCAAGCUUCUUUGAUCUAUGAGAUCGCUGUUUUUGUUGCUUUCAUUGUGUUUAUUGUUUCCAAGCCUGGUCAAAAUCAGCUGGCAAUGGCAACAUACACCCCCCCCAAUGGGGCGCAUAACUACUCGAGACCGACUGCGUCUAUGUCUCCUCGGUAUUCUCGCUAUCAGAUACCAAAGAGCCUGACACAAGGAAUGGGUGAAGUCGACGCGUACACCCGUUCCGUCACAAUGUCACAAUUCCUCUUUCGCCGAUUCCAAGAGCAAGGCUGGCUCCAAGCCGAUCCGGCAGCUAGACUUACCUCAGCUCUUGGUUUGGUCAUGUGUGUUGAAGACGAAUCGGAAGAAGCGGCCGAAGAAGGAGAGAUCAAAUAUAUAGUUAAGCCCGAUACAAUCGACCCUGACCUUAAAACAAUCAGUUCACAACUGGGUCUUACGGCAGUAUUCACAAUGUCUUCCGACAUCACAGCUUUACUUUUCAAGCGAAUUGGACCAAGUGACUCUGAAAUCACAUUAUCGCCGAACAACAUCACAGUUCCCGUUGUGGAUUCAUUGAGUUCCUUGGCUCAGGACUCUACAAGUGUUAGAAGGAGGGACUUUUGUUGUUUUGUCCGCCAGGAGAAAGUGGUCCUAGUCUGGAGCACUUCAGCCGAUGACGUUUUAUUGCAUGCAUCUGACGUCGAAACAAAGCUCAUGAGUUCGGUAUGGGGAACGAUGAUUACAUCCGGCCACCACACCCCUCGUCACCAUCGUCAACCCACAGGAGGUAACACUCCAUGGCAAGGAACAACGCCAAGUGUCAUAUCCGAAACUCCUCCUAUGGUGCAUGGCCAAAACAGUGAAAAGAACCUGGUAGUACUAGAUGAAGUCGAUCUCACUGCAGAGGACGAGGAAAAGAGGGCACCAGUGGCGCGCCCAUUCCUUCUGUCUCAUUCAGUUAUGGUUGGGCUAGCCAUGUGUCUGCUCAUGGUCAUCGAGUGUCUUGCUGUUCGCUUGAUCAUAAUUGAAAUCAAGGCACUAGGGACUCCUAUGCUUUCUCGUCUUGGCCUUCUCGCACCGUUACCCAUUUUCAUGUUUUUUACACUAUUCUUCACCAUUGUCAUUGUGGGAACGCUAUUCCAGCUGGUUGGCCCGAUGAACGACGUAAAGAACGGGAACUCGCGAUUCUAUAGCUCUCAGCCUCCGAACAUUAAGCGUCAUCCAGACUUCCAGUUUCCUCACGUCACCAUUCAGAUGCCCGUGUACAAAGAAGGAUUAAAGGGAGUCAUCAUCCCAACAAUCGAAAGUUUGAUGCCCGCCAUCCGCCAUUAUGAAUCAUUAGGCGGAACGGCCAGCAUUUUCGUCUGUGAAGAUGGUAUGCAGGCAGUUGGUCAAGAGGUGGCUGAAAUGCGCAGAAAUUUCUACAAGGUUAACAAUAUCGGUUGGUGUGCACGACCACCGCAUGGUAAAGAUGGGUUUGUUCGAGCGGGUAAAUUCAAAAAGGCUUCAAAUAUGAACUAUUGCCUCAGUUUCAGUCUGCGCGUCGAAGACGAAUUGCUACGCCUGAUGAAAGAGAAAGCGCAAGCCGAAGAAAGAACGGAAGAGUCUCUAUCUAUAGAUGAGGAGGAAGAGCUCUACCAACAAGCUAUGCAAACAAUUAUCGAUGGAGACGGGGGCAAGACCUGGGCCGAGGGUAAUGUCCGUAUGGGAGAAAUAAUUCUUUUGAUCGAUUGCGACACUCGAGUUCCGGUCGACUGCCUUUCCUUGGGUGCAUUGGAGAUGGAAGAAAGCCCAUCGGUUGCCAUUAUUCAACAUGCCUCUGGUGUCAUGCAGGUUAUCCACAGUUUCUUCGAAAAUGCUAUCACUUACUUCACCAACCUUAUCUACCUGCUGAUCAAGUUUUCCGUCGGAAAUGGUGACUGUGCGCCCUUUGUCGGUCAUAAUGCCUUCCUUCGUUGGAAAGCCAUUCAGAGUGUGUAUUUUGUGGAAGAUGGUGUUGAAAAGUUCUGGUCAGAAAGUCAUGUGUCCGAGGACUUUGAUAUGUCUCUGCGUCUUCAAACUGCAGGAUUUGUCGUCCGAUUAGCCACUUAUGACAAGGGAGAAUUCAAAGAAGGCGUUUCUCUAACGGCAUUUGAUGAGUUACUGAGAUGGGAAAAAUACGCCUACGGCUGUUCAGAAUUGAUUUUUCACCCUGUCUACCAGUGGAUCUACCGCGGCCCCUUCACAGAACUCUUCCGCCGUUUCCUGUGGUCAAACAUGAAAAUAUCUGCGAAGUUCACGAUUCUAGGCUACAUUGGAACAUACUAUGCGAUCGGCGCUUCCCUACCGCUAUCAAUCACAAAUUACUUCCUUACAGGUUGGAUUGCCGACUCCCUGGAUCACAGCUACCUGCCUAGUUGGGACAUGUUAUGUGGAACAUUGUUCAUAUUUGUGGCUGUGAGUCCUAUCGCCUUUGCAUGGUAUCGUCACCGACUUGGUGAGAAGAACUUGUUUUGGGGGUUGGUUGAAUCGUUCAUGUGGAUGCCGUUCUUUGUCAUCUUCUUUGGUGGUAUUUCAUGGCAUAUAUCCUAUGCUCUUCUAGCCCAUAUGUUCUGUCUUCCCAUUGAAUGGUCUUCGACGGCGAAGGAACUAGAAUCAGGCGGAUUCUUCGUGGGAAUGGAGAGAGUCUUUAAGGCUUUCAAGUAUGUGUUAUUUUUCAUGGCUUGCCUAACCGGUGCAGUAAUCUAUCUGGCACUCUAUGCACCGUAUGGGUGGAAGAUCCAGGCCUGGCCAAGUAUUUUCCCGGUUGCCAACCAGAUUGUCGGACAUGUUAUGCUCCCUGUUAUGACCAUUAUGCUUUAGAGAUUUAUUUGUGUUAAAACGUGUGAUGGUUUGAAUGGUUUUCAGCGCUACGAUAUAUACAAGAGUGUUUAAUGGGUUUGAUUUAAAUUAAUAUCAAUUGAUGUAUUUGCAGUCCACAGUUAGUGCUUUUUCCAUAUACGCAGACCCACAUUGCGAUCGACGAAAUAGAACCUUGAGUAUUCAAAAUAGUUUAUUGAUAUAUGAAAUGUG